UUCAUCUUCUCAUUCUUGUACUAUGUAGUCCAAGGCCUCAGGAGCAUCUCCAUUAACAUAUACCAUUCUGAAAUCAAAGACAUAGACAAUGGUUCCAGAAUUGAAACAACUGAAAGUCCAGCAAAACUGCACAAAGUGUCCACCAUGCAACAAAUAUUCCAUCUGGCAAAGCAACGAGCAAAGAGAUCAACAUUUUUCCCACCUGGGGUUAAAAUCUGCCCGCAGGAAUCCAUGCAGCAAAUACUAGCCAGUGUUCAAGCUUAUUAUAGAUUAAGAGUAUGUCAGGAGGCAGUGUGGGAGGCAUAUCGCAUCUUUCUGGAUCGCAUCCCUGACACAGGAGAAUACCAGGACUGGGUCAGUAUCUGCCAGCAGGAGACGUUUAGCCUCUUUGACAUUGGGAAACACUUCAGCAACUUCCCAGAGCACCUGGAACUUCUUCGGCAGAGAAUUAGACAGAGAAGCUUCCCUGAGAGAAAAGAUGAAAUAACUACAGAGGAGACAUUGGAAGAUGGUGACAGAACUCUAGUGUCUUCAACAGAUGUUGCCAGUGCCUCACUUCAGCCUUUCCCUGUCACUCCUGACAGUGCACUCCUCAAUGAGAUUCUCCACGGUGCCCUCAAUGACACCGAAAUGCCUGCAAAGGAAAGAGAAACAGAACUCACUAAUGUGCUUGAAGAUCCGCUGGAGCAGAAGGUGGAGCUCAGCAUCACCUUGGCUAGCCAGAGGCUCAAGGAAGAUCUCACUGACUCCCAGUCCCCGUAUUACCAGGAGCUAGUAGCCAAGUCUCAACUUCAGAUACAAAAGAUAUUUAAGAAACUUCCAGGAUUCAAAGAAAUCCACGUAUUAGGAUUUAGACCAAAGAAAGGAAGAGAUGGUGCAAGCCUCCUGGAGGUACGACUUGUAGCCAUCUUCAAGAGAGACAGUGAGGAAGCAAAGAGCCCAUCAAGUGAUGUGUUGUCUUUUGACUUCAACAAAAUUGAAAGUCAAGAAAUCAUUGAGGAGAACAAGAAACCAGAAAUCUAUCUCACAGCUAUAGAUCUCAAAAAGCUGAUCAGCAGAGCUCUCGAGGAAGAUAAAUCUGUGGACAUGGGAACAAUUCAGUUCAUUGACGAAAUUGUUGGGUUGUUGCCAGUCUCAGCUCCUGACACCCAAGCGGUGCUGCCCACACCACUUCCCGAUGUCAUACAGGAUGUUACUUUGGGAUCACAACUUCUUGAUGACUCCAAGAUUGAGACAGUGGAUGAAGCAGAACAUGAUCUACCUGACAGUUCUUGGUCUCCAACUCCUGUGGCCUCUACCUCUCAACCAGAAUCUCAACCUUUCUUUACUGAAUCAAGAAUCUUGUCUCUGACUGUUCAAAGUGCCACAGACCCAAUGGCCAUUGGCCCACCAGCAUUAGUCCCAGGAAUCACGUUGCCCACUGAUGAUCACUCUGCCACCAGUCCAUCUGCUGUGGAAAUUUCACAUUCUCCUGCAUUUUCAGAAGACAGUAAAUUGAGUACAGAUUACGAAGAUACAGUCAGAGAUGGAGAGGGAAUGGCUCUGUCAGAUGUUCUUGUCUCAUCUGAAGUACCAAGAUACAUCGGGUAUGUUUCUAGCCCAGAUCAUUUCUUGGAAGAUACCACUCCUGUCCCCGUUUUACAGUACAUCACUACUAGCUCUAUGACCAUAGCUGCCAAGGGCCAGGAGCUAGUCGUGUUCUUUAGUCUGCGUGUUGCCAACAUGCCCUUCUCCGAUGAAUUGUUCAACAAGAGCUCUACAGAAUACCAGGCUCUGGAGCAACGAUUCACAAAGCUGCUGAUUCCAUAUCUACAAACAAAUCUGACAGGAUUUAAGCAGCUCAAAAUCCUUAACUUCAGAAAUGGGAGUGUGAUUGUGAAUAGCAAAAUGAGGUUUGCCAGCUCAGUGCCAUAUAACCUCACCAAAGCUGUGCAUGAUGUCUUGGAGGAUUUCCGUUCUGCAGCAUCCCAACAACUUGAUCUGGAAAUAGACAGCUACUCUCUCGACGUUGAACCAGAUGAUCGAGUGGAUCCUUGCAAAUUCCUGACCUGCGGCAAAUUUGCCGAGUGUGUGAUGAAUGAGUGGACUGAGGAGGCCGAGUGUCGCUGUCAACCUGGAUAUGAGAAGCAGGAGGGCCUGGACCACCUGGCCCAAGGCCUCUGUGGCCCCAUUGAGGAAUGUGAAGUUACUCAGGGGAAAGGAGCCAUGUGCAGUACUUUCAGCUCCUAA